UUUCAAAUACUGGGUGUUUUGGAUGCCUGUGUUGUGUUGAGACAAGUUGCAUUUGCGAUUGAAGUGGAAGAUGGCAGACCUCGAAAGCACAGUCAUAAACACCAGUGUGACCCAGAAAGAUCCCAAGGAAGCUCUGGUCAUUGCUGUGACAACAAGGGCUAUUUUCAACCUGGAAAAGGAGCACGAGAUCUUUUUGACAAAGGGAAAGGAGGAGUACGUGAAGCAUCAGCAAACGAACGAGAACAACCCUUUGGAGCCAGGGACAGCCUUUGCUUUUAUCCAGGCAGCACAGUUUGUGAACAAGAAACUUCUUGAAAGAGACCCAGAGGAGAAGGAGCUCUUUGACAUGAUUGUCCUCUCCAAUAACAGUCCAGAGAGUGGUGUACGGGUCAUCAACAGUGCUAAGCAACACGGUCUGGAGAUCUCCAAGUUUUGUUUUGUCAGUGAUGAAGAUUCUACCCAGUACUUGAAAACCCACAAUGUGAUGCUUUUCCUCUCAGCUGACAUGACAGAUGUGUGCAAUGCGCUUCAGAGAGGAGUUUCAGCAGCACUCAUCUUCCAGCAGGAGAUACAGGCUCCCAGCACCCAGCUGCGCGUCGUCUUUGAUGGUGAUGCUGUACUCUUUUCAGACGAGACGGAGCGGGUCUUUCGUGAGAAGGGGCUGGAGGGGGCUGUAGAGUAUGAGAAAAAGAUGGAAAGUGUGCCCAUGGGAGAGGGCCCACUGAAAGCAUUUGCUUUGCAUCUUGGCAAGAUGCGCCAAAAAUUUGGCAAAGAGGACUCUCCCAUCCGCAUUUACUUGGUAACUGCCCGCAGUGGCCGUGACAUGGGCAUCCGGGCCAUAAAAACGCUUCGGGAAUGGGGCCUGGCAAUUGAUGAGGCCUUCUUCAUGGAUGGAGCACCUAAAGGCCCCAUACUCUCCAAGAUUCAGCCCCACAUCUUCUUUGACGAUGGUCUUCACAAUAUCCAGGGUGCCCAGGAUGUUGGCAUACCUUCUGCCUUGGUUCCUUGUGACUGCUAACAGGGACCACAUCAUGGCCCCAGUAUUGUGGUGGUUGAACGAAUUGAAGGAUGGCUGGGCAAAUCUUCAGACUGACAAGACAAAGUUGAAACGGCAUUGACUACAUUUAGGGACCAAGGGAACAAAACUGUUGCAUGAAAACACAGUGUUGGCUGCUUUGCUGCGAUAUAUUGUGAACAAAUCCAAAUAUAUGGACCCAUUUAACUUGAUCAGCAGAAAGCUCAUAAAGGAACAACGACUGAAGUAUAACUAAUUGACUUGAUAGCUAAAUGAACACCUUGAGAAAAUGGUGACUAGAAAAAAAACCAGAGUGAUUGC